ACAACAGCCUACAUCAACAAUUAACAACAAUAUAAGAAAAUAACAUCUAAUUUAUAACAAUGGGUCAUCCAAUAUUCCCAUUGUUGUUUGUAUUAUUCUUGACAACGAUUGUUAACUGUCAUCUCACUAAAUCAUCUUAUUCCUCAAGUUUGUUUGUUGAAGAUGAUGAACCAAUUGUUAAACAACUAGGUAAAUCAAGAAAUGGUCGAGAGGAAUUUAUUGUUGAAGAUACAAAAAUUGAAGGUAACACAGAUGUUUCUGUUGAAGAUCCAGAAAUCCCGAAUAAUUCUAGUGGCGAAAAUGUGGUAACUAAAGGUGUUGAAGCACGUGUUUCGUAUUCUGGUGCUCAAGUUUGGAAAUUCCGAUUAAGUAAUUUACAAGUAUUAAACGAAUUAAAUAAAUUAAAUCAAGAAAAAGAAAUUGGCUGGUGGGGGGGAAAUAUCACGUACAUUGAUAUGAUGGUAAAACCUUCAAGUCGACAAGUUGCUCAUGAGAUCCUUACAAAUUAUCAAGUCCCAUACGAAAUAAUUAUCAAUGAUUUACAAGAGGCAAUUGAUAAUGAAAAUCCUCAAUUUGAUGAAGAAGCUGAAUUGGCAAAUCGCAAAGGUCAUCGUAUGACUUGGCAAUCGUAUCAUCGUCUCGCCGAUAUUCAUGGAUAUUUAGAUUAUUUGGCAAACACCUAUCCCGAUUUAUGUUCUACUCAAGUAAUUGGAAAAUCCGUUGAAGGACGUGAACUAAAAAUCUUAAAAAUAUCCAAUGGAAAUGCCGAUAAUAAAGCAAUUUGGAUUGAUGGUGGAAUACAUGCCAGAGAAUGGAUAUCACCGGCUUCCGUAACAUAUAUUAUCAAUCAAAUUGUUGAAGGCUAUGAAAAUGAAUCCUCAGAUAUUAAAAGUAUUGAUUGGUACUUUUUACCGGUUUUAAAUCCUGAUGGUUACGAGUACACACAUAAGAAUGAUCGAUUAUGGCGUAAAAAUCGUGGGAAAAGUUUUUCUGGUGCUUGUGCAGGAACUGACUUAAAUAGGAAUUUUGGCUAUCGAUGGGGCGGUAAAGGUAACUCCAAAAAUCCCUGCGCAGAAACAUACGGAGGACGUAGUGCUUUCUCUGAACCUGAGGCACGUGCUGUAAAAACGUUUUUCGAAUCAGCUAAUGCCAAAUUUAAAGCAUAUUUAUCCUUCCAUUCGUAUGGACAAUUCAUCUUAUACCCAUGGGGCUAUGAAAAUGUAGUACCACCAGAUCAUAUGGAUUUACAACGUGUUGGACAAAAAAUGGCUCAAGCUAUACGGACAACUGGUGGAGCAACUUAUAAAGUUGGAUCUUCUGCAAAUUUAUUAUAUCCUGCGUCAGGAGGAUCAGAUGAUUGGGCCAAAGCAUAUGGUGUUAAAUACUCGUACACAAUUGAAUUGAGAGAUUCAGGCCGAUAUGGAUUUGUUUUACCUGCUUCAUUUAUUACUGUGACUGCUAAAGAAGCAUUGGCUGCUGUACGAGUUGUAGCUGCGGCUGUGGUUGUGACUGCCUAAAUUUUACGCU